AUGGCAGAUAUGGAGCUGGAGCAUUUGGUGUCAAAGAAACCCGUGGUGAAGGCCCAGGCUUCUACGACCACCAACCAGUGUGGCGAGGAGUACAAGAUCAUCACAUCCAUGCUCAUACCGGAAGAUGCCAGUUACACUUCGCUGCGCAUGGCGUAUGCAGCCAUUGCGACCCACGCGAUCUUGGUCAUCUUCCUGGUGAUCGUCGUCUUUGUCGACAUUCCCUUUACAGUGCAAGGUUCACUUUCAACAACCCAACACACUCUCUACACCCUUGGAACAACUGUUGUAGCCACCUUGACCACUACAUUCACCUCAGGGCAAAUCCAGAAGCUACGCAUCGCAAACCUUCUCCGAAAAGCGACAUUGCACAAAAAGGCCAGAUCUCGCUUCUUGCAGCGGGCUGGUACAGCCAUAGGGCUGAAAAUACACAGGGAUGCGCUAGACAUCCUACUGUCUGGGCUCAUUGUUGGACUGACAACUGCAGCCUUCGUUGCAGCUAUUGCACCCUCUCCAAAUAAUGUGCUGCAGCAUGGUUCAGUCUACAUACCGCUUGGCUCCCAAAACUGUCUUGCGGCUUCAGCAACACCGGAGCAAGGAGCGGACUUCUCUUGGCAGCUGGCCAAUGGGACGUUCGUGAGCCCCAAUGGCAGUUCGGACGCCGGGUGUCCGCUGUAUGCUCUGGCUUCCACAUUUCUUGACCUACAGAACCAUCUUUCUACGGCAUCCUUCUCCUAUGUCUUGGACGGAACACCAGUGUUCAAGAACGCUAUUGGCGCUGCCCAGUUAUUCGGCGGGUUUGUUUUCUUGUCCUCCGAUCAAUACAGCUAUAACGUUUUAGCGAAUCCCGCUUUUCAAUCACAGUCUGUUUGUCUACCCGUUGUGGCGCGAAAUCCGGUCAAAUGCGGACCUGCUGGUAACGUCACAUUGUCUGCAAAUACGGUAUCAGUCACUUCUGGCAGCUGUAAUAUCACCACACCUGUAUACGCCCUGGAUCCGAACAUCGAAGCAGCUGCCGCCGCUGGCGCCUGCACUCUCGGACAGGACGUUGGAUCCGCAACCGUGCUUUUUGGGGGACUUAAAGAAUAUGCCGAGACGCUCGCCUAUUCAGUUUUCGACGAGGCUUAUUUCGCCCUCGACCCCCGACCUCAGACAUAUGCCGUGGCCUGCCACGUAGACAUGCAGCCAUCACUAGCAAUGCGGGAGGUCACCUAUAGGCGAUCGACGACAUUGAGCGGCGAUGAACUGGCUUCAGUGACGGAUGAGCAGUUUCCUGGCGGAGUCGAUAGCGAUGGAACAACGUGCAAAGCUGUCGUUCUUGAUGACGCAGAUAACAUGUCGUCACCCAGAUAUUACGGGCUGGACUCGUUUGUUCCAACAGACGCCCUGGUAACCAGUGCUGCAGCUUCGUGGCAGUUGCUGGGUGAGGGUGCUUUCAGAGACGGCUGGCCUACAACACUCUUCCGAGUAAUCACGAACCGAUAUGACUUGACGGACAUGUCUUUCAAUGCCACUAAUCGGGACCGGUACUCGCGAACGUUCAACGAGUCGACUAACCCACUAGAGGACCUGCUUGGCAUCCUCAGUGGCAUCGCCUUCGGGGCCUAUUACAGUUACAUGGGUGGCGAAGAUGCAGCGUCUACUAAUCUAACUGAAUUCGAUACGGAAGUCUCUCUGAUAUACACCAGAGUUGGGUCCGGACGACGCUGGAAUCUAUUGUUCUCCCUACCCUCACUGUAUGCCAUCGGGACGCUGACUUGGCUCGUCAAAGAGAGGCGAAAAACACAACAACUCUCUCGGAACGAAUCGUAG